ACAAUUAUCAAAACAAAAAAUAUCUGAAAAAACUGAUGAUAUACUUCAAAAUUUGUUACAAACAGAAAAAAAUAACUAUGUUAAUGCUUGUACUGAAACAGAAUUGAAUGCAGAAGUAAAUCAAGAAGAAAAGUUUACUGAAACUAAUAAUACAAUCCAAAAAAAUAUUAUAUGCAGUCACAAAAGAAAUAAACAAACUAUAAUCUGA